AUGGAAGGCGAGGACAACGAAGCAGCAGCAGUGCCCAGCAAUGGCAAUGGCAAUGGCAAUGGCAAUGGCAGUGAAGCAGCGGUGGCGAGCUCAGUGCACGACCGGCUCAAUCGGAAGCUGCAGAGCAGGCCAGACAAGAAAGACCUCGUCGCAAACAACAUUAUGAAGCAGGCGAACGUGUCGCCUGCGCUGCUCAAUGCACAGACAGAGCUCAAUAAGGCAAGGAUGGAAGAGCGCCUCAACAAGAAGCUCUCAACGCGGCCAGCCAAGGAAACACUCGUCUCAAACAACAUCAUGAAAGGCGGAGACCCCAAUUUGCUGGCGAGGCAGACCGCGCUAAACCGAUCGCUGAUUGAACGCACGCUGGAGAUGCGCCUGGCGGAAAAGUACGGCCGACGAUGGGCGUCGCUCUCAACAAGCGAAGCUGCGCCUCUUGUCGAGUGGAAUCGUCGCAAAUCGGCCAGCCUUGCACUUCAUGAAGCAUCGAGCGGUGCGCCACGACAGUCCUUGUUUGACGUUGUCAAGCUGGCGCGCGCGGCGUCGGACAAGGCGUUGGCGGUGGAACAGCAGCAGCAGGUCAGUCAGGUUGAUCAAGCAGCGGAAACAACAACACCUGCAGCUCCCACAGCCACGGCAGCUGAAGCGACAUCCACAAUCUCUGAAGCUAUUUCGGAAGAGGACAGCCAACCAGAAGUGCGCGCCAAGACCAGCGGCUCGGAAUCCAAAUCCAAGCACCUGCCACGCUCGAACGCCAUCGACCAACCCGAUGCAUCGGCCGGUGCCGAGCGAGGGCGUAGCAAUUCGAGUGGCGGCUCCGUGUUGCCCGCUCGCGGACCACCGCUCAGCUUUGCACAGUCGCCCAUGCGAAAAAAGCGCCGAGGCGGACUCUCGUCGCGCUCUGUCAUUAACAACACGUAUGCGCGCUUCAAUCGACAGCUGUCCAUUUCUUCGCGCGCCCACAAAUCCGACUUUAUCAUCCAAAUCGAGCAGUCGGGCCGAUUUGUCUGCCACAACUGCUGCUCCGAAGAUGGUUUGGGCCCCGAGUUCAACUCGAGUCGAUACUCGUACAAUGACUUUUUCAACGAGAAGGACUGGGACAAGGAGUUGUUGCAAGCACCUACGCACUACGCACAAUCCCGAAGCCAAAAAGCUCAAGAGCUCGAGGAGGGCGUUUGCGACAAUUGUGGAUCCCUCGCCCCGCUGACCUGCAACCAGCCACGCACUGCGCCAGAAUUCCCCAAGCCCGUCUUCAAGGAAGACAUCAAGGGCCGGCGGCAGCAGCAAUUGUCCAAGCACUCGCACCUCGAUCGCAUCGAGCGCAUUGCACGAGCGUCUGUCACCUCGAGCGGGGAAGAAGAUGACGACGAGACGCAAAGCAAGUACCGACGACGCUCGCGCCUGUCCUCCGGGUCUGAGAUUGGCUCCGACACGGAUGAGGUUUCAGGCGUUCCAUCCUUGUCGUCAUCGCCGGUGCCGACCUCGCCUCCUCUCGCUGAUCAACCUUUGGCAACCCCGGCGGCCCAGACGGCUCGAUCUCUGCCUGGCACUGGCGACGACGCAAGUGAUUCGGACGACGAUCAGCCACCGCUUCGCCGACGCAAGAUCAAGUUUGGCGACGACUUGGUCAUGGGCGAGUACGACCGAUACCGCUACCUGAAUGUCUUUGUGGACGAGUGUCUCUUCACGUUUGUCAACCCGGAGACAGGGGAGCGGGGCAUUGCGGUGGAAGGAUCCAACCCACCCAUCAUUCUUCCCAUUUUGGAGAGCGACACGUACUUUGACUUUUUCCAACGCGAGGCCAAUGGCGACUUGUUUGCCAUUUCGCGACGCUGCAUCAGCGACGUUGCCGAGGAUUUGGUGCGCUCCGCUUCCCCGGUUGUCGGGGACGGCAGCGGCAGCGCGACCUCCCCACCCUCCUCAGGCCCGUCGACGCCCAAGCUCAGCCAGGUCGUGUUCCCAUCCAACAACAGUCCGAAAAACAUUUCCCGUGUCUAUCUUGUAGACAAGGUCAACCACAACUUGCUGUACUUUGCCGACAAAAAGCUGGGCGAGUAUUUUGCGUGGAAGACCGACUCUGGCGAUGUCUUUCAAGUUUCCUGA